AUGCCGAUGGCAAUGAACCGCGCACUAUCCAUCCGGUCCUCCCGCCGAGACCGCGAGAACACCAGCGGCCGGCACCGCUUCAGCAUCUCGACCUUCCGAGGAAUCCAAGCGCCUGAACUAAGCCGCCGACUAAGCCGACUGAUCAAGAGCGAGAACAAUGCGAUCGGUGCAUACGAAGCCGCCGGCCGUGAGCGCAGUUCCAUCGCCGCCCAACUCUCCGACUGGGGCGAGUCCACCGAAGACGAUGCCGUCUCUGACAUCUCCGACAAGCUGGGCGUCAUGUUGGCCGAGAUCGGCGAGCAGGAAGACCUCUAUGCGCAGAAUCUGGAAGACUCGCGCGGUGUUUUGAAGCAUAUUCGCAAUAUGGAGGCUUCGGUUCAGCCGUCGCGUGAACAGCGUCAGAAGGUCACUGAUGAGAUUUCUAAGCUCAAGUACAAGGAUCCUAAUAGUACUCGUAUCACCACGCUGGAGCAUGAGCUUGUUCGUGCCGAGGCGCAGAAUUUGGUUGCUGAGGCGCAGUUGUCGAAUACCACUCGAUCAAAGCUCAAGGAGGCAUAUGAUAUCCAGUUGGCUGCGACAAUCGAGCGCGCGGAGAAGCAGAUCAUCCUUGCUCGCCACGCCCGUCGACUGCUCAACUACAUCGAUGACAGCCCCGUCGUGCCUGGUGAUACCCGUGCCGGCUACGAGCAUGAAGUCGAAGCACGUCAGGUCCUUGAAGAUGCGGAGACUGAUCUUCGUGCAUGGGAAUCGAGUGUCGAGCCUAUUACUUCUGCGGCCCGUGGUGCCAGUCUGUCGGAGCAAGGAGAGGGCGCCAGCUUGAUCAACGGUGACUCCAUGGUUAAUGAUGUGCCGCCGGCCACGAAGCAGAUGGAGGAACCUCAGUCGGCCAAGUUGGAGGCCGAGCCCGUCCCUUAUUAG